CCCUUUUUCCGCCCCUGGAGGUUUUUCGAAAAAGAAGUGUAACUUUACGCAGGCAAUCAUUAGAAAAAAGACGUAAUUUUUUGACCCUUUUUUUUUUUUUCUUUUUCUCUGCUUCUGGGUUCUCUUUCAAACAAUUCAUCGUGACACUAUGCCAGCUAUUCGUUCUGAUGAUACCGACCUCUAUCUACAUUCACUGCACCCACUAGAGAUCGACCAUGGCGUUUUUGUAGAAAGACAUGAUACGGAUAUCUAUAGCAGAGGAAAGAAAAGAACGAGAAGACUCAGUCUUUCUUCUGAUUUGAGUGACCAAGCACUCUUAGAGGAAAGACGUUACGAAACAGAAGAAAUAAAAAGAAGAUACACUUUGAAAAGGAGCAAAUGUAACCUUACCUAUCCACAGAGCACCAGCAGUUGGGACCAUCUAUUGACACAGUUAGACCUGCAACCCGAUCUACUACAACUGAUUCAUCUAUGUAAAGUGGAAGAAGAUAGGCGACGUGAAGAAGAGACCAAAAUGAAGAUCAAAGAAUUACAAGUUUUACAUCAAUUACAAUUCUUACAGUCAAGGGAAAACGUUCAGGCUAUCUCAGAUCUUUCCGCGGAACAAGUCCAACGAAAAUUGCCGCCUUUGGUAUCUUUACGUAAAUGAUUCCACUCGUAUUAUCUACAGAAAGCUCUUUGAGCUCUCUUGAGCGUUCUUGUCUCAUCUUGUCCUGAGACAUCGAGAGCCACUAUUAUAUAACACACAAUACAGCU